AAACGACGUCGUAUUGUCAUCUCAAAAGGAAAAACUCCUCGCUGUGGCGCUGUGCACAGCUCUCUGGUUCCCUAGCAUCGUCCUUUACAAAUUCAAAAUUCUCAAUUUCCCGGCAAGACUCACUCUUUCGCCAAUGGAAUACCAAUCUCAAGUCACCAAAUAUAGGGUUCGGGUCCGUUUGGCCGAUGAAAAAUCGUAGCACUGAAAUGAAUACUCGGAACCAUAUGGGAGUUGGGGUUUUCUCGAAUGUUGUGAGAUUCAGAGAAUCUGAAGAAUCUGCUAUUCAAGGCAUGGAAUCUAUUAUUGCUACUGUCAGCGGCUACCAUGGCGUGGAGCGGUCCAACCUCAUUAAGUUGAUAUCACAGACCGGUGCAAAAUAUGUUGGAACAAUGUCAAGAUCGAUUACACAUUUAGUAUGUUGGAAAUUUGAAGGAAGGAAAUACAGUCUUGCUAAGAAGUUUAAGACAUUGAUUGUUAACCACAGGUGGUUUGAAGAUUGCAUCAAGGCGGGGAAGCGCCUUCCAGAGAACUCUUAUCUCCUGCAGAGUGGGCAAGAAGUGGGGCCAUUAUCAUUAGAAGUUCCACUGGUUUCUGAGAAGGCAAAUCCUCUGACUAAGAAGAAUGGUAGAGCACAUUCUGUCCGAGGCAGUGCUUGUGAUAUCUCUAAAGAACUGUGGGUUGAUAAGGGGUGGGGAGGUGCUGAUGAUGCUGUUUGGAUUGACUCUUUUUUGCUAAAUGAGCAUGAAGAAUCAAGUUUUCGUUCCCACCGACAUUCUGUAAGGCAGAAAAGGAGUAAUUGCAAUUAUAUCUACAGCAGUACUUCAUCUGAACCUUCUCGUAAAGGUCGGAGGCUUGUUAAAAAGAAUGCCAGUAGAGAUAUGUUGGAGUCUUUGCUUUCUGACUCUGAUAAAGAAUGCAACCUAAUUACAGCUCGUAACAGACGAAGUAAUCUUGGGCCUCCGCCUAACUGUUCAGAUGGUGUCAGGGAUGAGAGUACUUCGACAAUUAGAAGAUUAACAUCCGAUGAUGGGUUUUAUGACCAUGGUAGUCAUAGAGAUGGAACUUUGGAAGAUGUUGAAGAGAUAAGAGAUUUGAACCACAGUCUUGCUUCUAAGGAUUCAAAAUUGCAUGGUGAGAAAUUAUCAACUGUUCCAGAAAGAACAUCUCAGGAUGAGGGUUUUGAUAUUGAGGAUAACAUAAAUAGUGAAAUCAAAGACGGGGAUCGGAUUCGACAAAUGAUCCCUACUUCAGCAAAUUUAUCAUGUGUAAUAUGCUGGACAGAAUUCUCUUCAACCAGAGGUGUCUUGCCCUGUGGACAUCGCUUCUGCUACUCUUGUAUCCAAAGCUGGGCUGACCACAUGGCUUCAAGGAGAAAGACUGCGACAUGCCCUUUGUGCAAGGCUAGUUUUGUGAGCAUCACAAAAGUGGAUGAUGCUGCUUAUUCUGAUCAGAAAAUAUACUCACAAACUAUUCCGUAUGCCCCAUCAACAUCAGAUAUUCUCAUCCUUGCUGAUCAAGAAUCUCCCAGUUUUGGAGCCCAGUCCUCACGACUACCAGUUUGUUGUGAAUGCCGUUGCCGAGAACCUGAGGAUCUUCUUGUAAGCUGCCAUCUUUGCAGGAUACGAUGCGUUCAUUCGUAUUGCUUGGACCCCCCCUUGUUGCCAUGGACAUGCAUUCACUGCAAGGAUCUCCGAAUGCUCUACCAUCACUUCCAUUAGCAUGCAUGCAUUUAAAUUGAUGUAUCCUAUCACAAAUGUGGUGAUAUUUUUGUAAAACAUACACUGAUUUUCAAAAGCAUUCGAGCUUGAAAACCUUAUGCUGAUCAUAUCGCUUCCGAUUCAUAUUUCUAAUGUAUGAACUGUGCCCCUUGAUAUCA